AUUUUGACACACUAUCGUUAUAGUACUAGAUUCUGGCAAAAUGCAACUAAAAUUUCCGAUUUAGGUUAAUAGAACAAUUGAUUAUUAACAGAAUUCUAUAGUAGAUAAUAAUAAUGUAUGUUGACAGCAUUUUUAUUAUAUUGAAAAAACUUGUCAAUUUUUACGGUUAACAUUCAUUUGUCAAAAUCUACUGUAAACAAUUCCAGACAAAAAAAUGAAAAAGUGCAUACAGUUAAAAACUGACCUUCCUCCUAAGCACCACAUCGAACUAUGUCAUUUCAAACAAAAAUCAAACUGGGACUGUGGCAUUUCCUGCGUCCUUAUGGUCCUCCCGACUAAACACCGUCAACAUCUGCUCAAAAAUUUAAGUGCAGUAUGUAAAAAUGAGGGAUUCAAUAAAAGUACAUGGACCAUCGAUCUCUGUUAUCUCCUUCGGCGUUACAACGUAGAGCACGUUUUUUACACAAUCACUAUUGGGGUUCACGAAGGUUAUCGGGGGAACAGCUUCUAUCAUCACAUUUUAAAUAAAGAUGAAUCCAGGGUUAACCUGAAAUUCCGUGAGGCAUCCAAAAACGACAUCAUAGUAAAAAAGGGCUCCAUCUCAAUCCUGCAUAUUAUAGAGCAUUUAGUAAAUGGUCCAAUUAUAAUAUUGACAAACGCAAGACUACUAUACUGUGAUAUCUGUAAAUUUAAUAAGAUCUCAAAUGAGUUAAGGAAAUGCUUGCCAUGGCCCACGACUUAUCAGGGCCACUAUAUCGUGCUGUGCGGUUACGACAUUGAACGACAAAGAGUGUUUUAUCGGAAUCCUUCAUUUGGUGACCAUGUGUGCGUAAUGUCCGUCGCCAAUUUGGAAAAUGCCAGAAAAAGCUAUGGAACCGAUGAGGACGUCAUUUUUAUUUACAAAUGAACGAUUAGUAGCUAUUCCACUAUUGUGUGUUCAUUAUGUAUACUUACUUAUUUUUUAAUAUUGUGUGAUAAUAUUAUUUUAAUAGGACUUUAUAAAUGAAUAAAAAAAUUAAAGUUGA